AUGACAACAACUUGUGAAAGAAAUGGCACUUAUUUUCUUUUAUUAUGUUUUGCCGUAGAUUCUGAUUCUUCAUCUGUUUCUUCUGACCAGUCUACCUACAAUAAUUUAAAGCCAAAACACUGUGUACUUGAUUUCUUUAACUGCAUCGCAUCGAAAGAUGCACCAGUGAACAGAGAAUUAUACACAUUGGGUCGUUGGAACAACUUCGAAUUAUUAGACCUUGUCAAGAGCUUUAUGCCGGAUAUAGUUGACAUUUACUCUUCCACACAAGUGACUGCUUGGUUGUCAAAGGAUGGUCGGUUUGGCUACUCGCAAGUUGCACGCAUCGGUAGCAAAAGAUAA